CCAUGUGAUCAGCUUAGCAGUCUAGAUGUCGGCCCUACGGCUCCACUCCCAGCUGGGCUCUAGCGACCCUAUCCGGGUCCGGAGCAGCUGCUGCCCUCCUCUGUCCCUCUGUCCUCCUGGGAUCCAGCCUCUCUCCCAGAUCAGCCCUGAGGACUUCAAUGGGAACUGUUGUGACCCGGCGGCUGAUCCCUUGGACUGUACCUGCAACACCCCUGACUUAGAGCUGGUGCGGAAGAUUGUGGCCCAGGUGGAAUUCUACCUGUCGGAUGAGAACCUGGCCCGGGACACCUUCCUGUUGAAACAUGUGCAGAAGAACAAGCAGGGCUUUGUCAGUAUCAAGCUACUAACGUCUUUCAAGAAGGUGAAGUACCUGUCCCAGGACUGGAGGCUGACGCUGUACGCCCUGCGAUUCUCUGAGCUGCUGGAGGUGAACGUGGAAGGGACCAAGGUCCGGAGGAAAAGCCCCCUUCCCGACCUCCUCUUGGGCUCCCCGCCUAGCAAGCUGCUUCUGGCCUGGGAGCCCCGGGGCCUGGAACUGGCCCCAGCCUCGCCGCCGUCCCCUGCCCUCCAGCAGGCCUUCCUGGAGGCCAUCAGUGGCCUGUUCAGCCCGUUCGGUCUCAUUGCCUCCAUCCGUAUCCUGCAGCCGGGCAAGAAGCUACCCCCAUCUGUCCAGAGGUACGUGCUUGCCCAGCCUGAGCUGCUGAGCAGCUGCUGUGCCCUGGUAGAGUACGAGAGUCUGGAGGCGGCGGCCGGUGCCUUCUCCGAGCUGAGCCGGCGCUUGGCCCCUGGCGCCUCGGCCGGCAUCAGGGUGGUGCGGCUCUUCGCCCGAGGCCCCAGGAAGCAGGGCGGAGAGCAGGAAGAUGGGGAAGAAGGGGCCCGGGGCGGCCAGCGGGCCCCUCCCCGAAAGCGGGGGCCCCGACCCCAGCAGGGCGAGCCUCCUCCAAGCAGCUCCUCCGAGUCGGAUGGCACCCCCGUCUCACCCCCCGACUCGCUCCUCGGCCUCCCUAGGGGCCACGGCGGCCUCAGAGCCGGCUACUUCAGCCUUCCCUGUAUUGGCCCUCCACCUCCACGCCCCUCCCUCCUUCCUCCUGCUGCCACCACCCAUGCUAGAAUCCAGAAAGGGGCAGGCCCCUCCUGGGGUCACGGGCCGAGCUCUCGCCCCCAGGAAGCGGCCCCUGCUGCGGCUCUGGGGGUGGGCAAGGGGACGGCCCUGCCCAUCCACCGCCUGCCCCGGGGGCCUGAUGGCACCAAAGGGUUCCACAGCAGCAUCGGACGGGGCGGGCUCGUACUACGCCAGUGAGGCCGGGAGCCCGUUUCACAGGGGCGGCGGCUGGCUCACGCGGCCCGGGAGAGCGGGUGGCUGGGCCCCGGCUGGCGGUGGGCGAGGGCACGGGCGUCUGGGGUGGGGGGGGAGCUGUGCCUGUCGCCCCAUGGGAUGGGGGCUGACCCCGUCUCGCACUGACUGUACCAAAGCCGUUGGUGUACCCCCCCCCGCCCCAGCUGUGAGCAAUAAACACU